CACCGAGGCCACGAAGAAGAUGAGAAUGACGAUGAUGAUGAUGAUAAUGACAUCUCCACUGAGCAUGGACACCAGGCCCACAGGCCCCGAGGCCACAGAAAGGAAGAGGAUGAGGCUGUGUCAGGCAAACACCACCAUCAUGUCCCUGACCACGAGCACCUAGGCCACAGAGAUGAGGAAGAAGAUGAGGAUAUGUUCACUGAACAUUGGCGCCAGGGCCCCCAACAUGUCCACCAUGGCCUUGCAGAGGAGGAGGAGGAAGAAGAGGAGAUCAUAGUCCAGUUCAGCCACCAUGUUGCAAGCCACCAACCUGAAGGCCACAAGAAUGGUGAGGAGGAUGCCCCAGAGGAGUAUAAAACAGAAGUCCCUCACCGUCACCACCACAGGGUCCACAGGGAAGAUGAGGACAUCUCUGCUGAGCUGGGCCACCAGGCCUCCAGCCACAGGCAAAGCCACCAAGAUGAAGAAACUGGCCAUGGUCAAGCAGAGUCCAUUGAAGAGAUGAGCCAUCACCCCCCAGGACACACAGCGGUCAAGGAUGGAAACCAUGUGAGGGAGGAUGAUUCUGAGGAGGAAAAGGAGAAAGAGGACCCCGGCUCCCACGAGGAAGAUGAUGACAGCUCAGAGCAGGAAGAGAAAGGCAACCACCAUGGCAGCCAGGACCACGAAGAUGAGGAGGAUGAGGAGGAAGGUCAUGGCCUCCACCUGAACCAGGAGGAGGAAGAAGAGGAGGAUGAGGAGGAGGAGGAAGAGGAGAGGAGGGAAGAGAGGGCUGAGGUUGGGGCCCCACAAAGCCCAGACCACAGGGAGGAGGAAGAAGAGAAGGAGGAGGGGCUGGAGGAAGAUGAGCUCCCCUUCACCAUCAUCCCCAACCCACUGGAGGGGAGAGAGGAGGCUGGAGGUGCCUCCAGUGAGGAGGAAAGCGGUGAGGACACAGGUCCACAGGAUGCUCAGGAGUACGGGAACUACCAGCCAGGGUCCCUGUGUGGCUACUGCUCCUUCUGCAAUCGUUGCACGGAAUGCGAGAGCUGUCACUGUGAUGAGGAGAGCAUGGGUGAGCACUGUGACCAGUGCCAGCACUGUCAGUUCUGUUAUCUCUGCCCGCUUGUCUGCGAAACGGUCUGCACUCCAGGAAGCUACGUCGACUAUUUCUCCUCCUCCCUAUAUCAGGCCCUGGCGGACAUGCUGGAAACACCGGAACCCUGACCCAGCUGCGCGGCUGCGACGCAGUUGUACCUCCUCCUGCUUUCCAACCCCUUUCCACGAGCCAUAUUUAUUUCUCUGAGUAAACGUGCUUCCCGAAAC